UGCUUUCCCCCACCCUCUCCGGGUAUACGUGACGCACGUGCUGCGUGCGAACCAGACGUUCGUUAUCUUGUAGUUCUAGGGUUCAUCUGGGUUUGGCUGACUUCUGGGUUCAUACUAUACCUGUAUCUGGAAGCGCAGAGAAAUAAAUAUUGCGGAGAUAUUUAUUGAAGUAACGAUAUACGAAUAUAAAGGAUCGACGUAGGCGCAGGAUUGAAGACAUGAAGAAAUCCAGGAGAAGAUGGAGAGUAAAUUAUACUACUCGUUAGAUUGCACAGAGGAACUGAAUACUCUCUUGUCAAACGCCGAAGAAGGACUGCAAAUUGAGAGGACAAAAACGCUGUUUGAGGAGAUCCGUGCCUCUGUUAAUAACAACGACGAGCAGGACCGCUCCUUCUGGCGGCCUGUGCUGCCAUGGGGCGGCGUCUACAUCAUCCGGGCAGGGAGGAAGGCCAUCUCCUGCAUCCCUCUGUAUGUUAAGAUAAGCUUGAAGAACACGUGCACCAUCGAUGGCUUCCUCAUGCUCCUCUACGUCAUUCUGCGCGAAAACCAGACCUUCACCCGUGAGGUGAGCCAUUUCCUUGGCAAGGAGUUUGUUAACCAUUUCCUCCACCUGAUGGACUCCUAUGACUACACCACCGUCAAGCUGCUGUGGAUCUGGGACAGGAUGUCCAAGCAGCAGUACCGGUCCGAGAUUCAUCGGGCCGCGCUGGAGAUAGACCUGUUUGGCAACGAGCACGAAAACUUCACCAAGAAUUUGGAGGACCUGAUGUCUACCGUGCAGGAGAGCCUCUGCACCAACGGGGCCUGCCCUGCCCGCUUUCAGGAGCUCCUCAAUAAGACCAUCAACAUCAAGCCACCUCAUGAGCUGCCUCACAGAGACCUAAUUCAGUCAGCUGUGGACGAGUUCUUCUGCCCCAAGAUCCUUCUGUGCAAAGAAAUGGGGUGUGACGGGCUGAGGGAACUCUCCCAAAGGGUCUUCUGCCAUGGACCCCCUCCCUUCGUCAUCCUCAACAUGCAGCUGUGGAAGUCUGAGGACCUGGCCUACGUUCCAUACCACCUAGACCUCUCCCAGCACAGGUACCUGCUAGAGGGCGCCACCCUGUUCAGCAAAGAGGAGCACCACUACUCGGCGGCAUUCCAGAUAGACGGCAACUGGCUGCACUACGACGGGCUGCGCAGCGACAACCUGAUCCUGCUGAACAAGCCCCCGGAGCUGCUGCUCCUCUCCUCGCUCGUCUACAUCCGCGCGUCCGACAAGUGAGGGCCGCCCGAGAGCUCAGCGACCCACUGCCUUCCCUCUGCUCGCCGGCAUCUCCAAAAGCAUUAGUUACUCUCUCCUGUUGUUUUCACAUCCAGACUGCACUUCUUCCCGAGCUUUUAGUUCUCUUUGUCUCUUAUUGUGACUUCACUUGGGGAGGCGUGAGGAGGCGCAGCAGUAGUUCCAGCACGAGCAGAGCUCUUCCGAAGUGCAAGCUAAAGUUAAUUUAGCCAUUUACAUAAAGGAAAAAAAAGAUAAAGCCAGCCAUUUUUUUUGGCAAGUAGCUUAGACAUUUAUUGCUUAUUUUUGUACUCUUUAGAUAUUUCGUUGAACCUUCUUUGAGGAUUAUGUGCUCUAUUUCGCCAGACUGUGACUCUUUAGAUCUCGCUGCACAUAAUAGCUUCUCCUUUUUAAAGCUUGCUUGGAAUCCAAGAAUACGUAUGGACUAUAAUAGUUCUGGGCCCGUGUGCAUAAAACAAUCUGAGACGCUUCUUAAGGGUGAAAGGCGGGAGAAUAAGAAUCAGCUGGAAGUUGUGUUAGUGAGUGCUUUCUUAGCGGUGCCAGAAGAACCUGUGUACAAACCUAUUGUACCAAAAAUCACGUUCAAAUCAAGCAUAUUGCUUAAAAUGUAUAUUUAUAUUGUUAGUAUUAAAUUGACAGAACUUUAGGUCAAGCUAUUAAAACAACGUGCAAGAGAAACCAGUGGGCAUUGCCAGGAUUUUUCCUCUGUCAUUUAGCUAACCAAAUUAUCAGAUAACUAUUUUAGUUUCCCCCAAAAUCUUAAUUAAUUGAAUUCAAGUAAUAAAAGAAGUAAUACACCUAUAUACUGUGUUCAUCUGUGAGCCUUUGAUACUUUGUAUUUCAGCAGAGGCAUAAACUCACAGUUUAAGUAACUUAGGAUGAACAAGCAAAUGUUUAUAAACACUGACUUGUGUAAAAGUACUGGUAAUUCUUCAAGAGUUGAUUCUGUUUGGUUUGUCUCAUCAGCAAUGUGACAUUUUAUUUCAGGAAUCAUUCUGAACAGGUUUAAGGCUGGUAUAUUAUACGUAUAUUAGCCUUAUGAUGUUAAUGCUACAGAAAAUGAAAAAUUGGUCUUGUGAUUUCAAACCAAUUAGUCAUUUUUUAUUGAUACUAGAAUGCCAAAGUAUAGCAAUGUGACCAUUUUGAUAGUUGCUGAAGUGCAUUGUUUAGAUCUCUUGUCCUAAAGAAAAACUCCUGUUCUGGGGAUUUCUUGUUCUCAACACUACCUGACUCUUAGAAAUUUUAUGCAUGCAGGCCUUGAUUUCAGAUCAAACUGGUGCUUUGGAUGGGCUUUAUACACUCUAAUAGUUGGAGUUUAUCAACAGGGCUGAUUUGCAUUGUUUAUAAAGGGUAUUUGGGUUCUUCCAGUCUGUCUGGUUUGUAUUUUGUUAUGAGGUAUCAAGCUGUUCGAGAACUUAAAGAUGUCUUGAUGUCUGAACUGAAACUAAAUAGCCUACAUAUGCGCAUGACUGUUAAGCUGAACGUUUCCUGCAGUACACUAUCGAUGAUACAAAAUUAAGAGCAGUGUGCGUGUGGCUAUUGAGUUUUAAGUAGGCAGUCUUUCAGUUUCUACUCAGAGGUGGAUUAUCAUUGGUCUUAGUGAAAUACAGUUUUACAGUUAAGUAGUAUGCGCUAUAAACCAUACUCUAAAAAUGAGUGAUUAUUGUAUUUCAAAUGUAUGCUUAAGAAAUUCUCCUUUGAAUCCUGUCUUCAUGAAAUAGUAUGUUCUCUUAUUUUAAGAAGUAUUGCUUCAGAAAAGAUAGUAUUUGAAAGGGGGAUUUCCCCUCAAAGGGAAUGAAUGUCAAAGCAAAAGGAAAAAGACUUCUGGGAUAAAGUGCCCAUUCUGUUACCCACAAGCAAACUGCUGUGAAUGUGUGUAACAUUACAAUCCCUUAGCAGGUGCUCUAACCUGAAAACUUACAGAAGUGUUCAUUUUGAAAAUUAUAAUUCUGCAUCAAACUGGUCAGAUCUUCAUUGGUGGUGAAAUUUGUGUUUUCUCCCAUAUUUUACACCUUGUAGGUUGAGAUAUGAUGCCAUUGAAUUCAUAAGUUGUAAAAAAUAAAAAAAGCACAAAUGCAGUGUAAACUCCACUGUUUGCAGACAUACAGUAUUGUCUUGCUGCUGGACAUAGUGUAGUGAUUGACAGCUAAACCACUGAAAAUUCAACUUGGCUUGAACACCAGUACACAAAUCAUUGGGGGGAGGGGAGAAACACAAAGAACACUAGACAAAAACAUCUUACAACUCAUGUAGUGUGAAUAAGCGGGCACCGCUUUGAAUGGAAAUGAUCAUUACAAUUUUCCUCAAGUCAUUCAGAAUCACCACAGCACCACAUUAUUGAAUACUACUGUUCCUAUUGAGUUGAAAUGUUUCAUUUAUAACUAUGUAGUCAUUAAUACCAUGUUUUUUAAAUUAAAAUAUUUUUGUAUUCUGUCAUUAA